AUGGCUUCUCAUGAUGAGGGAAAGAUUCGACUGCCUGCCCUUCCCGUAGAACUUGGCGGAGAGAGCGACAGGACGGACAGAGCUAGCUCCACUACUACAUAUCUGGAUCAUACCAGCAAUCAGAACAAAGACGGCAACACACGACAAUUUUCGUUAUCAGGCGCGGGACAGCUCUCCCUCGACGAUGUUGCCAGCGUCCAAGUCCAGAUUCGCGACCUCGAGGUAUCCGUCAAUACCGCGCCGUCUUGGCUCGCUCCCUCCACAUAUCCCAAUCUUUUCAAAUCGAAAUUCAACACUGCCGCCGAAAUGAAGACGCUUCUCCAUUCCGUCAAUGCCGAUCUGGCGCCGGGCAGCCUUACGGCCAUCAUAGGCGGCAGCGGCUCAGGCAAGACGACGCUGCUCAACACUAUGGCUGAACGUAUCGUUAGCUCCCGUUUACAUCAAGAAGGAGUCGUCACAUUCAACGGCGAGACUGGCGUGCAUACCGUGCGUCAUGCCUACGUGAUGCAGCAGGAUAUUCUUCUACCGACUUUGACCGUGCGCGAGACCUUGCGAUACGCAGCAGAUCUCCGCCUGCCCUCAGCCACAAAGCGUCAAGACCGGUGGCGCAUUGUUGAGGAGGUCAUUAGAGAAUUAGGCCUCAAGGAAUGCGCCGACACGAGAAUCGGAAACUCGCAGCACCGCGGGUGCUCCGGUGGCGAAAAACGUCGCGUCAGCAUCGGCGUCCAGCUCCUCGCGAACCCAUCUAUUCUCUUUCUCGAUGAGCCAACUACCGGGCUAGACGCUACGAGUGCUUAUCAGCUGGUACGAACUUUGAAGGCCCUGGCAAAUAAGGGCCGUACCAUCAUUACCACCAUUCAUCAGCCUCGCUCCGAAAUCUGGAAGCUCUUUGAUAACAUCAUCAUUCUGACCAGAGGUAGCCCUGCCUACUCAGGAGACGCAUCCGAGUGUAUACCCUGGUUCGAAAGCCAAGGAUUUCCAAUCCCAGCCUUUGUGAACCCGGCUGAAUUCGUCAUCGACAUUGCGGCCAUUGAUAAUCGGACGCCAGAGCUAGAGACGGAGAGCAGCCUGCGCGUCGGAAAUUUACAGCGACAUUGGAAGCAAGAAAGUGAAAAGGUUUUCUUGCCUCUGGGUGGUGUCAUAAGCCAAUCUCAUCGCCACCACCAGCGCAUUCUCUCACACGGACACGAGGAGAGGGCCGGGUUCUUGCGCCAGUUGCGGGUUUUGACCUGUCGAACCCUCAAAGUCACCUAUCGAGACCCAAUGGGCAUGACUGCCGCCCUUCUCGAAGCCGUACUACUGGGCGCAAUCACAGGCUACAUGUUUUGGAAUGUUGGUCGCGAUCAAGCUGGCAUCAGAUCUCGCCAAGGCGGGCUGUACAUCACUGCUGGUCUGCAAGGCUAUUUGAUCCUCCUCUUCGAGGUUUACAGGCUCACCAUCGACAUGCCAACAUUUGAUCGCGAAAACUCUGAAAACUGCGUCGAUGCUCUUCCCUUUAUCCUGUCUCGUCGACUCGCGAGAAUGCCGACCGAGGACGUGCCGGUGCCAUUCAUUUUUUCUGUCUUAAUGUACUUCAUGUCAGGAUUCGACCGCGAUGCCGGUAAAUUCUUCACCUUUUUUGCCAUUACUCUGCUCAAUCAAUACGUAUCUGUGGCAUGCGCCAUGACCUGUGUCACAGCUGUGCGGCAUUUUCCCGGAGCAAGCUUGAUGGCCAAUUUGAUCUAUACUAUUCAGAGCAUAGCAUGCGGCAUGUUUGUGCAGUCAAGCAGCAUUCCAGUCUAUGUCCGGUGGAUAAAAUGGGCCGCAUACAAUUUCUAUGCCUUCAGCGCCUAUUGUGCGAAUGAGUUUCAAGGAAACUUCUACAAUUGCCCUUAUCCUGGUGGCAGAGACAACCCGGCCUGCGAACAGUACACUGGAAAUUACAUCAUGAAGUCUCUUGGCUUCCCAACAAACUGGAUUACAAGACCGAUAGUUGCGCUUGCUUCAUUUAUAGUCCUCUUUCUGCUUCUGUCCACGGUUGGCCUUACAUUUCUCAAGGUGGAAAUGACAAUUGCCCGUGCUCGAAUAACGGAUACUGACUUGUCCGCUGGAAAAGAAAAUAUGACUGCACAGUCAGUUAGCGAAGUGAGAGCUAUUGAUGUCGGCCUGGACAGAUUUGCGCUAGCAUUGGACAAGAAAGCAGCCACUGGCAAGCCUCUGCCCAGACGGCUGAUUGUCAAUCCUCUUACGACGACGUUUCAAGCUGGAACUCUCAAUGUCAUCAUGGGCCCCUCUGGCAGUGGCAAGACAUCACUUCUCAACGCCAUGGCACUAAGGCUGCGAAACUCUGUGGGCACAAAAUAUCGACCCUCUGGCAAGCUGACGUUCAAUGGUGCUGUUCCAUCGGAUUCCGUGAUCCGCUCUGUCUGUUCAUAUGUCUGUCAGGACGAUGAUGCACUGCUUCCAUCCCUUACUGUGCGAGAGACUUUGCGUUUUGCCGCGGGCCUGCGUCUUCCAUCAUUCAUGAGCACAGAGGAGAAAUAUCAAAGAGCGGAGGCAGUGCUGCUCAAGAUGGGCUUAAAGGACUGCGCGAAUAAUCUAGUGGGGAAUGAAAUGAUAAAGGGUAUCUCAGGCGGUGAGAAGCGACGUGCCAGUAUCGCCGUUCAGGUCUUGACGGAUCCCCGAGUGCUGCUUCUCGACGAGCCCACUUCUGGCCUAGACGCCUUCACGGCCAGUUCUAUCAUGGAAGUGCUUCAGGGUCUCGCAAACGAGGGCCGCACACUAAUCUUGACCAUUCACCAAGCGCGAUCCGAUUUGUUCAGACACUUUGGCAACGUACUCCUGCUGUCUCGUGGCGGCCACCCCGUAUAUGCGGGUGCCGGGAGGGAUAUGCUGGGAUACUUUGACAGACAUGGGUACGAUUGCCCAAAGAACACCAAUCCGGCCGACUUUGCGCUAGACAUGAUUACUGUCGACUUGCAAAAAGAAGAUGUCGAGGCGGAAAGCCGUGAGCGGGUGAAGAAGCUCAUUGACAGCUGGAAAAUCCAUGUCGACCCAGCAGCGAACGUUCAGGAGCCGCGACUGGCGGCGAUUCACGAAGAGGCUGACGAAGCCAACGGGAAACAAAGUAUCCAAGACAUGAGAAUCCAAAAGAUUGCUUCAGAAGACGGCGAAUGCAGCGAAAAGGGGCAGCCGUCGUCUCACAAGGUCAACGAUGCCCUCGCACACAAAGGUGCAUUUGCAGCCGCGCCUCGCCGCUCCUUCAACCGUGCCAACCUCUCUACACCCGCAGAGCUGGGCGCUCUCGUCCGUCGACGCACAUCCCUCGUCAAGGCGCUGCCACUUCUCCUUCGCCGCGCCGUCAUCAACACCCGCCGCCAGCCGGAGCUCAUACUCGCGCGCACGAUGCAGGUCGCCGGCCUCGCGUGCGUCUUCACGCUUUUCUUCGCACCCUUUAAGCACGAUUACUUUUCCGUGCAGAACCGCAUGGGUUACGUGCAACAGGUCGGCGCUUUCUACUUCGUCGGCAUGCUCCAAAACGUCGCCGUGUACCCCGCAGAGCGCGACGUCUUUUACCGCGAAGACGACGACGGCGUCUACGGUGUUGAAGCGUUCCUGCUCUCUUACACGAUUCUCGAGCUUCCCUUUGAGGUCCUGAGCUGCCUCGUCUACGGCAUCCUCUCCACCUUUGCCGUGCGUAACCCUGAGACGGCCUCGCUCUUCUGGGCUGCCUUUUUCGGCUGCUUCGGCGUUGUCUCGUGUGGUGAGAGCCUUGGCAUCAUGUUUAACACGCUCUUUGCGCACACGGGUUUUGCUGUCAACAUCAUGGGCGUCUUCCUCUCCGUUGCCAACGGCAUGGCCGGCGUGCUCUCCAUCAACAUGCCAAAGGCGUUUGACGCCGUCAACUACCUUUCGCCAAUUCGCUACGCCACGCGCGCCAUGGCACCGUACGCGAUGCGCGGUGUCGAGUUUCACUGCACGCCCGCGCAGGCCCUGCCGGACGGGUCCUGCCCGAUCACUUCGGGUGAGCAGGUGCUGGAGCUGUACAACUUUGAUGUGGAUCCGAAUGUGAAUGCGUAUUGUCUUUUGGCCUGCGUUGUCGUUUAUAGGUUGAUUGCCUGGGCAUUGCUGAGAGUGACGAGGGCUCGGUGGAAGGACAAGAAGAGGGUAAAAGUCUGA